AUGUUCCGAUCCAAGAAAAGCUCAACCGUUCCGAUCAGAACUAAAGAGAAAAGUUCACUUUUGGCUCCUUGUAUUAAUUGUGAAGAGUUUAUACCCUUCGAUAAGAUUGAUUAUCAUGCUUAGUUUUGCAAUCAGGUAUCUAACAAAGUGCUUAAAUAUGCAGAAACAAAUCUAUUUUUCGAAGAGAAUGAUUUCAAACUAUCCAAAUUAAAAGCUAAUUUAUAAAACAAACCGUAUUAGCAUAUGCAAAGAUUAUGCAGAAUUUGUGAAUUGGUUUCCUAAAUCAACACAAUAGGAUGCGUAGAAGAGGCUUCUUUGAAAGAAUUUGAAAAGGAAUUACUAAGCUUGAGUUAGGAACCUAGCCAAUCUAUAAAUUAAUCCUUAUACAUUGAGAGAAUACAUUCACUUGUUAUGCAAAGGAUGAGUAUCAUUCAAAAUCAAUUAAACCUUAAGGUCUUCAAACCCACAUAAUCACAACAACAAUUCUAUCCUCAAUAAAACAUUAAUAUCAUCUCAAAUAAUUUCAAAAAUACCACAGAUUCACCCUUAUCAACUAGUAAUAACAACUUAAAAAAUUUAAUACAAAAUAAAUUGGAAUCAUCACCUUAAGUAUUCAAUCGUUUGAACAAACUUGAUUAUUGUUAAUCACCAGAUCCGAGAAUGACUUACAUUACUAAAUUUUCUCAGAAUAGUCCUGUAUCUCAAUUUGGAUAAACAUAAUAACAUUAAAAGAGUGAAAUUUUGACACAUAUUAGUGAACAAUACGCCGAAAGUAUUGAUGAAUACUCUAAUCCAAAAUCCUUUGCUUAGAGAUGUUUCUAUUCGAAGGUUCUAAAUCUUAAAUUACAUUAUCCUCAAUCUAAUCCAGCAUAAAAAAUUCCAGUGUCUAUUUUAUGGAGGUAAGUAGAAAAAAACAAAAUAAAACCACAAGAUUGGGAAUAAUUUAUUAGGAAUUGCUUAGACAAACCCUUUUAAAUUUUAGACCCUCAAAAAUUAUAAUGA